GAGGAAAACGCUCCAAUGGCAGCCCAGGGAGGCCGGAUUUGGGAUGAGCUGCACCCUGACCCCGUUCCCAGGAGCAGGGGAGAGGAGAUCCCGAGCCUUGGGAAGAGGGAGCGCCCGGGAAGCGUGUUGGUGGUGUGGAACUGCCCCUUCCAGGCGCAGCCCCCGCUGGCGCCCCGGGAUGGUCCCGCCAUGAGAAGGUGCUGCCAGGGCGUGGGGCUGCCAUGCCUGUUUAAGGGCGUGGGCAUGGCCACCCCCCGGCCCCCCCGGUUCCUGCUGGUGUUCGACUUCGACGAGACCAUCGUGGCCGAGAACAGCGACGACUCGGUGCUGCGCCUGGCGCCGGGGCAGGCGCUGCCGGAGCCGCUGCGGCAGAGCCAGCGCCAGGGCUCCUACAACGAGUACAUGCGGCGCGUCCUCGCCUUCCUGGGCGACCAGGGCGUGCGCCCCGCAGACUUCAAGGCCCUCUACGAGAACAUCCCGCUGAGCCCGGGCAUGCCGGAGCUCUUCCAGUUCCUCUCCAAGAACCACGAGCUCUUCGAGCUCAUCCUCAUCUCCGACGCCAACAUGUUCGGCAUCGAGGCCAAGCUGAGGGCGGCCGGCGUCCACUCGCUCUUCAGGAAGAUCUUCAGCAACCCGUCCAGCUUCGACAAGAGGGGCUACCUCACCCUGGGGCCCUACCACAGCCACAAGUGCCUUGACUGCCCGGCCAACAUGUGCAAGAGGAAGAUCCUGACGGAAUACCUGGCGGAGAGGGCACAGGAGGAGGUGGAGUUCGAGCGGGUCUUCUACGUGGGAGACGGCGCCAAUGAUUUCUGCCCUUCCGUGGCUUUGACUUCGGCGGACGUGGCUUUCCCACGGAAGGGCUUCCCCAUGCACAGGAUGACGCAGGAGAUGGAGCAGAAGCAGCCCGGGGCCUUCCAGGCCACCGUUGUCCCGUGGGAAUCGGCCACAGAAGUUGCCCGGUACCUCCAGGAGCUCCUCAAGAGGAAAUGCUGAGGGAGGCUCCGGAGUGUCCUGCGAGUGGCCGGGAAAAAGAGAAGCCUGGGGUGGCCACGUCCUGUGCCCCUGCCUGUCCCCGCUCCCGGGGUGUUUUCCUGCCUCCCCGAGCUCCCUCCCCGGUGAAUAAAGCACUUUCUCCAGGCCCCUGUCCCGCCCCUGCCAUGGGGGGACCUCCAGGAUCCGCUGCUCUCCGGUGUUGGCUUCUCCUGGAUUUAUCCACAGCCUUACCGGCCCCCGAGGGUGGCUCGUGACUCCUCCAAACCCUGGGAUCCCUGACAGCAAACCCCAGCAGUAAGGAAAUAACCAAAGCAGCCCUGAGUUGUUCCUCCUCUUAUUUCAUCCCCUCCUCUUUGUUCUUCCUCCUCCGGACCCCGUUCGACUGUGUGGAACUCAAAGCCAUGGAAUUAAAGCUACAUGUAUAUGUACAUAGACAGAUCUCUA